AGUGCUGAUUCCAGUCGCUGCUCUGUUAGGUUGGCUGCGGGAGUUGAAGUAGGUAGAGGCUGACCAGAGAACACGUUCAACCACCUUCACCCUAUGCGUGCUCCCUGCUAAAAAAAAUAAAAUAAAAACAACACAAUGGAUUGUUAGCGAAAGUGUGCAAUGGAUCAUCAAGAAUAAUGGAUUCGCUUGCCUGCAUUAUCCUGUUCCUUUUGGCUUUUCAUACCCAUUCUUCUGCCACUGCCGACAGAAAAUUCGGUUGCUUGUUUGAGGAUGAGCUGUGCACACCCUAUGAGAUCUGUGUAAAUGACCGGUUGUUUGGCAGGUGCCAGCGGGUUCCGGUGAUAGACGUAUACAGAUACGAAGUUUCACCUCCUGUUCUGCAGAGCCUCAGGAGCCUCCUGCACAAGCUGUCUCACAGAGGUCUGACUUGGCAAGAUGACACAACCCAGCAGGUGAUUUCAAAAGAACUAUCCAAACUCCAAAAGAUUUACUACAGGCGUCCAGAUUCCAGCUCCACAGACACCAACAACCAGCCCAGGGCUGGAAGUCAAGGCGUUGACAGUGGAAAAAAUGAUGGAAAGAAUGGAGAAGCUAACCUGGGGAAGUCUUUGCAGCAGUAUCUUCAGUAUCUGGGGUUUGUACCCCAGUCAACAGCACAGACCAAUCAGAAGGCUAAGAACGAGAAACCUCCCGUCAAGAGUGAUGCAAUCCAGGCCGACCAUUUCAUUGACUACAUCCGUCAGAAGUCCAAGACAAGAGGAAAGGCUCCUCCAUCCAUCUUCUCUCUUGCACCGUCUCUUCAGACACAGUAUCCUGACAACACCACCCCCCCAAGGCCCUUUGUUCCCUUCCAGCUUGAAAGAGCCCCAGCCCAGCUAGGAGCAGUGGACUUCCCCAGCAAGCAGUCAAUAGCCAGCAAGGCUCUCCUUUCCACCUUAGAGGGGUACCUGGCAAAGAAGAUAGCAGCUCAACAGACACACAACGCUGCCCCUGAUGUGCAGCCCAAGGGCCCACUCGUUUACAAUAGCCAGCUGCGUCAGCCUACGACCAGCCAAUUAGAAAGCAUGAGCCCAAGUGAAGAUGUGGACAGCUACAAGGGCAAGAAACCACUUCAACCGAAACCUGACAGCCGGCCUCAGAGACCCCAAUCUGAUAGGCUGACCUACAAGACCGGCUUGAAACAAGAAACUGCCAAGGAUCCCCUCAGCUUCAUGGAUGAAAGCUUCAUUGAGAAUGUGGUGAAACAGCUGGGGAAGCACAGUGUCAACAUAGAUGGGCUGAGCCCCAAGGAGCUGGACCAGCUGGCGGACGUGAUCGCUGAUGCCCUGCAAGUCGUGGACCAGGGCGACACAAACCCCCAGGAGAUGAAGAGAGUGUCUGCUCCCGGCAUGGAGGAGUAUGAGAAUGACAUGAUCGGGGAAGACGACAUGAUGCAAGAGAGGCAAUUAGAAGAAAAUAACCAAGUUCCAACUGAAAAGGACAAGAGCUUAGUAGCAAAACUGAUUCAGUAUCUGGACAAGACCGCCAGUACCGAAGCCCCAGAACUGGAUUCUGUGUUGGCGGAAAGCCACGACAAGGAGACAGAGACAUCGGAAGCUUCGGAAGAGCCUGUCGUCGAGAAGAAAGAAAUUGGGGUGGAAAACGUGAGGAGCAAAACCACCUUGAAGUAUCUGUCCAUGGAGAAGAAAAAAUUGGGAGAGGAGGACUCCAAGGAGGCGGCUGAACUGCAGCGCUGGAUUCAAGAGGCUGUGGAGCCAGCCAAUUCCAUCUACGCCAAGCCCCACAAGAAAGACAUGAAGUUUGAGGAGGAGCUACGACUCGAUGUGGAAUCUGGGGGCGAGGAACAGUAUGGCUACAUCGUGACAGACAAAGGUACUCUUGACACAGACACAGGCUUGCACUUAAUGGAGGUUUUGGCGCAUCACCUGAAGCUGCAGAUGAAGGAUUUCGUCGAUAUUGAGGUGCUGGGCCCAGCUGUGACCUUCAUAGUGCGUUCAAACCCACAGAACCUGACGACUGCAGAUGUGGCCAAUGCAGCAGUGGCACAGAAGGAGAAGCUUGAAAAGGAGACCGGAGUGAAGAUUCUGCAAGCUGGAAUGGGAGAUAAGAGCACAUUGAAGUUGCUGCCCCUCAGAUCGGAGAAGGAGGAUUCUACAAAGUUCCUUGUUCUUACAGUUAUCACAAUUGUUUGCAUCAUUGGAAUCCUCGCGGGUUCUGGAGUUGUGUAUUGUCUGCGCCAUCGCUCUCACCACAAGCUAAAGGAAAAGCUCACCGGGCUGGGGAGUGAUGCUGGCUCAGAUGCCACUGCCGCCUAUCAGGAGCUGUGCCGGCAGCAUAUGGCAGUGAAGACGGCAGAGCGCCCGGAGCCCCACCACACCUCCCGCAUCAACAGCGCCUCAUCCCAGUUCAGUGAUGGGCCAAUACCGAGCCCCACGGCACGCAGCAGCACCUCCUCCUGGUCUGAGGAGCCGGUGCAGUCCAACAUGAACAUCUCUACCGGGCACAUGGUUCUGUCUUACAUGGAGGAUCACUUGAAGAACAAGAAUCGCCUGGAGAAGGAGUGGGAGGCAUUGUGUGCUUAUCAAGCAGAGCCGAACGCCGCCACAGUCGCACAAAGGGCUGAGAAUGCUAAGAAGAACCGCACUGACAAAGUGCCUGUCUAUGAUCACUCCAGAAUUACAUUGAAGGUUGAAAAUAACCGUGGCAAUUCAGAUUACAUCAAUGCAAGUCCAAUUAUGGACCAUGAUCCCAAGAGCCCUGCAUACAUUGCUACUCAAGGCCCACUGCCUUCUACUGUUGCAGAUUUCUGGCAGAUGGUCUGGGAGAACGGCUGUGUCGUUAUUGUCAUGCUGACACCACUGACUGAAAACGGAGUCAAACAGUGCUACCACUACUGGCCAGAUGAGGGUUCAAACCUCUACAAUAUUUACGAGGUAAAUCUUGUAUCUGAGCACAUCUGGUGUGAGGAUUUCCUGGUGCGAAGCUUUUAUCUGAAGAACCUGCAAACGAACGAGACGCGCACGGUGACGCAGUUCCACUUCCUCAGCUGGAUGAACCAGAGCGUCCCCGAGUCCACCAGGUCCCUCCUGGACUUCCGCAGGAAAGUAAACAAGUGCUACCGGGGACGCUCCUGUCCAAUAAUUGUCCACUGCAGUGAUGGCGCAGGAAGAAGUGGGACAUACAUUCUGAUUGACAUGGUUCUCAAUAAGAUGGCUAAAGGAGCUAAAGAGAUUGAUAUUGCUGCUACACUGGAGCACUUGAGGGACCAAAGACCAGGCAUGGUGCAAACAAAGGAGCAGUUUGAGUUUGCAUUGACAGCCGUUGCGGAGGAGGUGAACGCGAUACUCAAAGCUCUUCCACAGUGAGAGUUCAGAGCUGCUUAGGCUCCCAGAAGAUUCUUCUUUAGGUUCUGUAUCCUGUCAGUCAAUGUUGUACGAAAAACCGGAACCUGAUCUCUUAACUGUGUAUCUUUUUAUUGUAAUCUGUUUAAAAAAAAAAUACUCAAAAAGGUUCAACAGAUGUUUGUUUGUUUUUUUUAAAUUGUCCGAGCUAAAAUUGGUUUAGAUACGUCUGCCAGCUGUGGAUCAGUUCAAUAAAUGAAAAGGGCAUUUUAGUGCUAUUUCCAAGAGCUUGGCCCCAUUGAAUUCCAUUAUAUUCUGGCCAGGGCAUUUCAAUAUGGUGAGGAUGUAACACACAUACUGUAGGCAUCUUUUAAUGCCUUUUAAUAUAAAAUACGUAAACAUUCUGCCAUUGCAGUGAUUAAAACCCAAUAAUAAUAAUAAUAAUAAUAAUAAUAAUAAUAAUAAUAAUAAUAAUAAUAAUAAUAAUAAUAAAUUCAUCAUGAAAGCUUGAUCUGAUCCACACUUGAAAGCUUAAUUAUUCCGACCUAUUUAAAUUAUAAUCGAUAUCAGUAAAAAUAUUGGUAGAAAUCCAAAGUGUUUGGUUUUACUACAUUUAUUAUUAACUACAGUUGCAGAAAGUGGUGUUAAUAGCAAUUAAAGAAUAGUCUUCGUCUGUAUAUAGUCUAGUAAUGUAAGACUGAUCAUGUAGCUUUACCAUGUCACGGUUUGGUUCUCAGAGCUGCACAAGACUGCUCAUGGUGCCCUGCUUUUGAUUUAUAAGCUGGCUGGGUGUUGUGUUUUAAUUUGUGAAAUGUUCUUUAAGUAUUAUAAUUUGGUUCCCAUUAUGUAACUCUCUAUUUUAAUAAGGCUAUUGAAGCUGCAGCCUCCUGCAUCGUUAUGUAUGUGUGCUUUCAUUCUUUUAUGUCAUUGACAAAGCCUUCUGGGGUCACUGUAAAAGUAAGCCAUUGUCACAGUAACCAGUUGGCGAUUCGUUAUGAUCGGGGUAACUUUUCUUUGUCACUGUAGUUUCAGCAAGGCCAGUGAUUAGGUUGUUAAAACAAGCCUAACCUCUGUGUGAACACACUAAUAAAAGAUCAUUGUUUUAUUGAAUCACAAAAAAGGUGCCAUGUGCAUUGAAUUAAGUGAAAGAGCUAUCACAGUGAACACUGAGGCUCUUUCUCUGUUAUUGCACUGGAUCAAUGUACUGUAGAUCACAGGCCUCUGUAGUAUUGGCUACCUGUGCUUGCUUUGACUCCAGCUUGGGUUUUUGAUGCUGGCUGCAGUCUGUCAGGGAAUGAACUACGAUGACCAGACUCAUUUCUGCUGAGAUCAUAGACUGAGUGAAAAUCUUUUAUCUAAAAGAACUGUAGACUAGUCCUCCACCCACGGUAGUGAGGCAUUCACCUAACAUUUACAUAAACCCAUCCCUGAGUGUGACGCUGCACUGUGACCUGUUUGAAGUCUGUCCAGAAAGGGGAUAGUAUCAUUUCAGUGAUCAUGAUUUGAGGCUUUUCUUUGUUUAAAUGUACAUUUUAUGAUUUGACAUUUACACCUGUGUCUGACUGUUACAAAAAACAUUUCAUUCCAGCUGGCAACUACUUGUUGAGGUUAGGUUUUGCCCUAAAAAAUAAAAGCAUUUUUUAAUGUAUUUUUUAAUACCAUACUAAGGAUGGUUAGAUCUUUUUCAACACAAGAGAUAUCAAAGCAUACGAUAGUGUCAAAAUCUAUUUAGAAUUUCAUAUUGCUUGGUUAACCAUCAUAUAUAAUAACUAUCAUACAGGAUGGGCAAAUUAAAAGCAAAAUAAAACACACACACACACACACACACACACACACACAAAUUGAGUUUAGGUAAUUGUUUGUCAUUUUAUACAAUUCUAAAGCCAAGACAAUGCCUCAGUCAAUCUUAAAAUAAUCUUUUAAACUAUAAUCCUACAUAUGCAGAAGAGUCUUUGCAUUCCCCCCUCCCCCCGAGUUCUAUAUGCAGAAGAUUCUUUGUAUUCUUUUCCCCCCGAGUUCUAUAUGAAGAAGAUUCUUUGUAUUCUUUUUCCCCUGAGUUCUAUAUGCAGAAGAUUCUUUGUAUUCUUUUCCCCCUGAGUUCUAUAUGAAGAAGAUUCUUUGUAUUCUUUUUCCCCUGAGUUCUAUAUGCAGAAGAUUCUUUGUAUUCUUUUCCCCCUGAGUUCUAUAUGCAGAAGAUUCUUUGUAUUCUUUUUUUCCCCCUGAGUUCUAUAUGCAGAAGAUUCUUUGUAUUCUUUUUUUCCCCUGAGUUCUAUAUGCAGAAGAUUCUUUGCAUUCUUUUUCCCCCUGAGUUAGUAAAGACCUUGGAGGUCCAGCCAUUGCUUGAGCCUCCCCUCUACAGGGCGGCUUCCUUAUAGAAUUGGGUCACCAAGCACAUCCUUUGCCAUUGUGCUGCCUCUUGAAUUAAAAAUGAGUAUAAAAAAAGACAUUGCCUGAUAAAGCUUACUGUUAAACCAGCAUGAUCUUCUCUUGCCGAGAAGAAAGAUGACUGAGAUAUUUUCACAUUCUUGUUUUCUUUGCCUUUCAAACCAUUAUACUGGCCUGCUGCCCCUGUGCUAUUUUCUUUUUAUUUUUAAUUUCAGCUUAUGUAUCUGUACAUAUCGAUUCAAAUUAUACAAAGUAUUUUGUUCUACCUAUGUAAAAAAAAAAAAAAAAAAGAAUCCCUUGUGAAUAAAGUGUCCUGGUUUGUGCUGUGAAUAAUGCAA